AUGGACGCGCAAACGAUAGAUGGCACCAUGUCGAGAGCCUCGUCGUUUGAAAAUUUUGACGAGAUGGCUCGCUAUGAUCCCAACGUCCCCGUUGUCGAGGAUGCAGCGUACGCCGCCACUUUGAACGAUAUGGGGGGUUCCUUUCCACACACGGCCCCAUAUCGAGCUAACUUGCAUUCGAGUGACCCCACAGAACUAGCCUAUUCCGUGCGCGCCAGACUCUCGUCCCCGGUUUUUGGUUUCAGUCCCAACGAGUGCCAUGAAGGGAUUCGGUUAACCGACACAAACCACUGUGCUGUCCGCGUCCAGGAACGCGGCUUGUACAAAACGGUUCGAGGAGUUUUACCUGUGCGGCAAAGUCAAAAACGCAUCUACUACGAGUUCUUCAUUUUUCGGCAAGCAAAUGGUGGUGGUGUUUGCAUCGGGCUUAGCACGCACGAGCUUCCUCUCAACUGCCUUUGUGGAACAAGACCAAACUCGGUUGGAUUCUCUACUUCUGGUAAUUUGGUACAGACUAUUGAUGGCAAGGAAACAUGGCGAGACUUUGGGGAGGAACUACAGUCGGGGUGCACAGUGGGCUGUCUAGUGUCUAUGAAGGAUUCGUCCGGAGAAGAGGGCAACCGAAAAGCGCCGCGGAAAACGUCUACCGAGUUUUUCGUCGAUGGAAAGUCAAAAGGAACUGUUGACUACGAGUUUGUUGGGGACCUAGAUGUCUUCCCUACACUGUCUUUGUUUGCAAGGCAUGCCCGUGUUUACUCUCUAUUCAAUGGCCAGGACAUGUUGUACGCCUCAUGUUUGCCUGCAAACGAAGAAAUACUAACUUUGGAUGGUCAGACGAUCACAAGAGAUGCCGGUAAUACCCCAAAGAGUCUAGGUUUCGCUGCAAAGCAUGGAAAUGGUGCCUCUGAGAAUCAAGAAUGAGCAUGCGCCUUUCGUUGUUGUCUGGCAAUCCGCUUGUUAAUAUCUCGCUUUUCCGAGCGUGUCAGAUUAUCCAUCCAGAGUCUUUUGCAAGUUAUAACUGUUAUGCACUAUCUUCGUGGCCCACUUUUGGACGAGGUGGUCCUCUCUCCUGACCUGUAGACGGAAGAAUUUACGCCCUGUCACUCUAACGCAAGACAUACCACGAGUAACGUCCGUCCAGACGUGAGCUCAUUAAAAUAAUUUGUUGCAGCCAUCUGGACCACUUACUUCCUUGAGACUGCCACUACUUCACGCUAAUGUGUGUUCAAAAA